UGAUCGAUGAGACCUCAGCCCCAAACUCGACUUGAACAUCUCGUCAGUCCUCGGCCAUCUAAUCCACCUAGGUAGCCGACUCAACUCGAACCAGCACGAUGAUGUCUGCAUCCAGGCGAGCGACUAUUCAGCUGUCGCGGCAGCUGCGCGUUGCCCCGCGGGCCUUCUCCGUCUCCGCGGCCUUCCGUACCACUGAGGCCCCAGCCGUUACCGAAAAGAACGAAGCCGCGACCCCCCAGGUCGCCGACAAUGCUGUCCCGAGGGAGAUCUCCCAAGCCCCUAACCGGACGGGUGUUUGGUCGCGGAGCCAAAAACCUCGAGCUCAGGCCAUGACGGGCCCUCGUUUUGAGCAGGCCGACUUUUCUCUCCAACCCCAACCCUACUCAGCAAUGGAACUCAUCCACGAGCAGCCCGUUCGGUGGACGCACGAGCGCAUCGUUGCUUGCGACGGCGGCGGCGGCCCCGCUGGUCAUCCGAGGAUCUUCAUCAACACAGACAAGCCCGAAAUUGCCGCUUGCACUUACUGCGGUCUGCCUUUCGCCAACGAGCAUCACCGAAAGCACCUCGAGUCGCUGCCCGAGACAUCCUACCCUCUUGCGUAGAGCCCUUUUCAAUGGGUAUAUCGAGUUUUGCGAUUUGGGAAACUGUGAGAAGGAGCGGGUGUGCGAUAAAGUAGAGGCUUGGUCCCGUGUAUAUACGGAAGCCCACGACCUAGCAAUUCAACUGAUAUUCCGCGCUUCUGCUUUUUGUUGGCGCUCAUCUGGCCCCCUGAUACAAUUAGAACAUCAAGAAAUCAAAUGUUAAAAAACGUUAACAACCGAUCUGGAUCUGGUGGCUGACGACUUCCAG